GUUUUUCGGAAAUGGCUGCGGGCCGGCAGGGGGAGCAAAAGAUCCGGCGCGGCCUGGAAGGCAAGCGGCAGGCGGCGAGAGCGGCUUUUGGGAUCCCGAGUUUCGCGCAGGCGGUAGCGGCUCGCCCCUGUACUGGAAGCCGGUAGGACUCCCAGCGGCGGCAGGAACCCGGAGGAGCCAGGGCAGCGGCCCGGGCUCAGGCAGCGGCUCGAGAGGGGCUUGUGGAGAGCAAACUCAAGUUCACUAUUUCAAGAAAUUAUAUACUGAAGUACAUAUAAUUUACAGAAGUCAGAGAAAGAAAGAAUCUUGAAGCAUAUGGCCUGAUUGGUGGCAAUGACGUCGAUAAGAGGCUGAAUAUUUAUUUCUUUUCUAACCAGCUGUUUUAUACCUGUGAAUAUUAACUAUGCAUAUUUGUUGGUCAGCAAAACCAAGGAACAAGAGCUAUGGCGGUUGAAAAAGUCUGUCUGAUUCCAGGGUAUUUUUCCUGUUUUUCAUCAUCAGGGACUUGCACCCUUUUAUCUCAGCAACAAUGUGGUACCUUGUACUGAUUGAUACAUUAAGGACAUGUUCCUUGGUCAACAACCAGAACUUAAAAUCUGCUGGAAUAGGGGCAGAGACCAUUUCAAUUACAAUUGAAGAAAAUGAAAUUUCCAUUUUAUUGAUGCCUUGUACAGAGAACAUACUAACUCUUAAAGAAAUGUGUGAUUAAAAAGAAGAUGAGUUUUGUCUAGUAGAAACUCAUGGUUAUGGCAAGGGACCCAACGUGAUAAGUGGGGGCAAAAGCCACAAAGGAACUCAUGACUGGCUAUACCAUGUUGCGGAAUGGGGGAGUGGGGAAUGGAGGUCAAACCUGUAUGUUACGGUGGUCCAACCGUAUCCGACUCACAUGGCUCAGUUUUACGCUUUUCAUCAUUCUGGUUUUCUUCCCUCUCAUUGCUCACUAUUAUCUUACCACUCUAGAUGAGGCUGAUGAGGCAGGCAAACGGAUUUUUGGCCCACGGGCUGGUAAUGAGCUGUGUGAGGUAAAGCAUGUGCUGGAUCUCUGCCGCAUUCGUGAGUCUGUAAGUGAAGAGCUCUUACAGCUGGAAGCCAAGCGGCAAGAGCUGAACAGUGAAAUUGCCAAGCUGAAUCUGAAGAUUGAAGCCUGUAAGAAGAGUAUUGAGAAUGCCAAGCAGGACCUGCUACAGCUCAAGAAUGUCAUUAGCCAGACAGAGCAUUCUUACAAAGAGCUGAUGGCCCAAAAUCAGCCCAAACUUUCUCUGCCCAUCCGAUUACUCCCAGAGAAGGAUGAUGGUGGCCUUCCUCCCCCAAAGCUCAUACGGGGUUGUCGGCUGCACAAUUGUUUUGAUUAUUCUCGUUGCCCUCUCACCUCUGGUUUUCCAGUCUAUGUUUAUGACAGUGACCAGUUUGCCUUUGGCAGCUACCUGGAUCCCUUGGUCAAGCAGGCUUUUCAGGCUACAGCACGAGCUAAUGUUUAUGUUACAGAAAAUGCUGACAUUGCUUGCCUUUAUGUGAUACUAGUGGGAGAAAUGCAGGAGCCAGUAGGGCUGCGGCCUGCUGAACUUGAGAAGCAGUUGUAUUCUCUAUCCCAUUGGCGGACAGAUGGACACAACCAUGUCAUCAUCAAUCUGUCAAGGAAGUCAGAUACACAGAAUUUACUCUAUAAUGUCAGUACAGGUCGUGCCAUGGUGGCCCAGUCCACUUUCUAUGUUGCUCAGUACAGACCUGGUUUUGAUUUGGUGGUAUCACCAUUAGUCCAUGCCAUGUCGGAGCCCAACUUCAUGGAAAUUCCACCACAGGUGCCAGUUAAGCGGAAGUAUCUGUUCACCUUCCAGGGUGAGAAGAUUGAAUCAUUGAGAUCCAGCCUUCAGGAGGCCCGCUCCUUUGAAGAAGAAAUGGAGGGUGACCCUCCAGCCGACUAUGAUGAUCGUAUCAUUGCUACCCUAAAGGCAGUACAGGACAGCAAGCUAGAUCAGGUCCUGGUAGAAUUUACCUGCAAAAACCAGCCUAAACCCAGUCUGCCUACUGAGUGGGCACUGUGUGGGGAGCGUGAAGACCGCUUAGAAUUACUGAAGCUUUCCACCUUUGCCCUCAUUAUCACUCCUGGGGAUCCUCACUUGGUUAUAUCGUCUGGGUGUGCAACACGGCUCUUUGAAGCUCUGGAGGUUGGUGCUGUCCCAGUUGUGCUGGGGGAUCAAGUACAGCUUCCUUAUCAGGACAUGUUACAGUGGAAUGAGGCAGCCCUCGUGGUGCCCAAGCCACGUGUUACCGAGGUUCACUUCCUAUUACGAAGUCUCUCAGAUAGUGAUCUACUGGCUAUGAGGCGUCAGGGCCGUUUUCUUUGGGAGACUUACUUCUCAACUGCUGGCAGUAUUUUUAAUACUGUGCUGGCUAUGAUUAGGACUCGCAUACAGAUCCCAGCUGCACCCAUCCGGGAAGAGGCAGCAGCUGAGAUCCCUCAUCGUUCAGGCAAGGCAGCUGGAACUGACCCCAAUAUGGCUGACAACGGGGACCUGGAUCUGGGGCCAGUAGAAACAGAGCCACCGUAUGCCUCACCCAAAUACCUCCGCAACUUUACUUUGACUGUCACUGACUUCUACCGCAGCUGGAACUCUGCUCCAGGGCCUUUUCAUCUUUUCCCCCAUACGCCGUUUGACCCUGUGUUGCCCUCAGAGGCCAAAUUUUUGGGCUCAGGUACUGGAUUUCGGCCUAUUGGUGGUGGAGCUGGGGGUUCUGGCAAGGAGUUUCAAGCAGCACUUGGCGGCAAUGUUCCACGAGAGCAAUUCACAGUAGUGAUGUUGACUUACGAGCGGGAGGAAGUGCUUAUGAACUCUUUAGAGAGAUUGAAUGGCCUCCCUUACCUGAACAAGGUAGUGGUGGUAUGGAAUUCUCCCAAGCUACCUUCAGAGGAUCUUCUGUGGCCUGACAUUGGUGUCCCCAUCAUGGUGGUCCGUACUGAGAAGAACAGUUUGAACAAUCGAUUCUUGCCCUGGAAUGAAAUUGAGACAGAGGCCAUCCUGUCUAUUGAUGAUGAUGCUCACCUCCGCCAUGACGAAAUCAUGUUUGGGUUUCGGGUGUGGAGAGAAGCACGGGACCGUAUCGUGGGUUUCCCUGGCCGUUAUCAUGCGUGGGACAUCCCUCAUCAGUCCUGGCUCUACAACUCCAACUACUCCUGUGAGCUGUCCAUGGUGCUGACAGGUGCUGCCUUCUUCCACAAGUAUUAUGCCUACCUGUAUUCUUACGUGAUGCCCCAGGCCAUCCGAGAUAUGGUAGAUGAAUACAUCAACUGUGAGGACAUUGCCAUGAACUUCCUUGUCUCCCACAUCACUCGGAAACCCCCUAUCAAGGUGACCUCACGGUGGACUUUUCGAUGCCCAGGAUGCCCUCAGGCCCUGUCCCAUGAUGACUCCCACUUUCAUGAGCGGCACAAAUGUAUAAACUUUUUUGUCAAGGUGUAUGGCUAUAUGCCCCUACUGUACACUCAAUUCAGGGUGGACUCUGUGCUCUUCAAGACCCGCCUCCCCCACGACAAGACCAAGUGCUUCAAGUUCAUCUAGUGUAUUAGCAGAGAGUGAUGUGAGAGAAGGUACCUGCCUGAUCCUAGGUACCCACCAUUGCCUGGCCAGACUGGGACCACUUGCGGCAUGAGACUGUUGGCUGUAUGAUUUGGUCCUUGGAGCAGCCUGUGUACUUGACCCUAGGUGAUGCUGUGAAUGUGCAUGAACUGGACACAAGCAGCCUUACCUGCAUCCAUUUCUGGGACUAGUUAUUUUGACUAGAUAGAGAAGAACUUAGGUGUCAUUUAAUGGAUUUAAAUGGAAUGUGGGAUGGCAUAUGACACAUAAGAUGCAAACUAUUUUUUAUGGUAACUUUAAAAAUAUGUGUGUGGGUGUGGGUGGUGCGGUGGUGGGGAGCUAGAGUAUGCAUGUGUUUCCAGUCAGAGAAGAGGUCUGUACUGGUCCUAUUUGGUCUGUAGGUUAUUUCAUGCAGCUCUCUAAAAGCCCUUGCAUCUAGUUGAUGCUUCAAAACUGUCUGAGCUCUAUCUUUUUGGUGUCCUUGGUCCUAGGACUUCUGAUUGGCUAUAAGAUCUGAGACAUCCUAAGGGAGAGAGCACUGAGUCAUGAGCUUUAGAGGAAAUGUAUGGAGAUGGGAAAAGAGGAUGGAAAGCAAGAGAAAAGCUGAAUUGGAGUGGCUCUUCUGGGCUCUGCAGUUGAGAGUUAGGUUCUCACUGACAGUCCUACGAAUGCAGUGGGACCUAAUGGUCAAGUGUUACUCCUAAGUUAGGGUUGACAGUUGAUCAGGUUCCUGUGUUGCUAAGUUUGCAGAUAAAUGUUAAAUAGAGAGGAAAUUCCUACUUUGUAUGGAGGUUUUGGUUGCCAGCCUCCUAUUUUUUCCAUCUCCCAGUGUGUGCUGGGAUCAGAGAGACUUCAGUUGUAUGAGGCUGUAGUAAAUAAGCAUCCUUCUAUACACAGAUUUAACACAUCUACUUAGAUUCUACUCCUGUCUAGUUCCAGUUUGGACUUAACAAGGUAAGCCAACAAGGGAAAUGUUAGCUGUUGAUAGUAUUGUUACUUAAGUUGAAGGUUCCACAAUAUUUACAAAACUGUGGUUAAGAAGGGCAGUGCCUUGGUUAAGGAUGUGGGCUCUAGAGUUAGUAAGUGGGCUGAAAUCCUGGGUCUUCCAUUAAACUGAGGUUGGGAGCAAGGUAUCUAUUUUAAGCUUUAAUCUCAUCUAUAAAAUGGCAAAAAUAGCGCCUAUCUCUUAAAAGAUAGGUUGAAAGUUAAAUAACAUAGGAAAUGUAAAGAAUUUAAGCCCACUGUUUGGCACACAAUAAAAAUUAACUCAGCAAAGUUAUUGGGUAUUUACAAAUACUGUAAACCUAUUUUUGGCUCUCUCUGCAUUCCGUUUGUUUUAAAUGCCACCUCAUUGUUUUAAGACUCAGAUGAAGAAUCACCUUCUGGAAACCUUCCUUUCUCUGAAGUCACUGCUUGCCCCCUGCCCCAUCUCGUAUUAUAGCUGUCCUUUACCUCUUUCUUUUACCACACCAUGCAACAUACUGGUUUAUUGCACUCUGCUUCCCAUGUGAGAUUGUAAGCCUGUGAGACUAGAGAAUAACAGUUGUUUAGUAGUUUUUUGAUGAAUGAAUGAUUUGACAAAAAUACUAAAGAAGGCCACAUAGAAAUCAUAGCUGCUAACAAACUGAAUAGUAGUUGGUACUGUAAUGCUCUCAAAAUAUAGCUAUUGUGAUAUUAAUAGAUAUUUAAAGGAAUCCUGGCAAACAAUGGAUAAGAAGUCUUAUACCCGCCAUGCUUUAUAUUUAUAACUUUGUUGACAAAGAGGAAUAAGAGUGCCAAGAAGAAUUAAAGUCACAGAAUGGAUUCUAGGAGAGGCCAUUAAAGUAGGGUAGGAGACUUUGCUCUAGGGCCAGGUUUGGUUUGCUAUUCAAUUUAAUUUGUUUCUUGACCUGUUUUAAUAUUUUACCUUUCUCCAUUUGUCUUUAGAUUUGUAAAAGGGUGCACAUCCUGGCCAUAUGGUAGGGUUGCCAAGUUAGAAUUUAAAUUCUAUUUAUCUGUUUUUCCCCAACAUUUUCUUGUGGAAAUUGUCAAACAUACAGCAAAGUUGAAAGAAUUUUUAUAAUAUAAACCAGUAUACCUAUCGCUGGUAACCAUUAACAUUUUACUAUACUUUCAUUAUAGCUCUCCAUCUAUUCAUCCCUCUAUCUAUCCUUUUAUCCACCCUAUUUUGGGUGCAUUUCAAAGUAAAUUACAUGAAUAAACCUCCUUCUAAAUACAUAAGCAUGCAUAAGCAUGCAUAUCAUUAAGUAGAAGUCAAAAUUUAUUUCUGUAUUUUUUAAUGUAAAAUUUAACUGUACAUUCUUGACUUUUGACAUGCAUACACCUGUAUAACCCAAACCUCUAUCAAGAUAUGGCCCAUUACCGCCAACCCAGAAAGUUCCCUUACACUCCUUCACUAAUCCCCACUUCCACCCUUCAGAGAUAACUUUUAAUUUUUUUCUACUUUGGAUUAGUUUUCCUUGGUCUAGAAUUUCAUAUAAAUGGUAUAAUACAAUUUUUACUCUUUUGUGUAAAGCUUCUAGAAACUCAGCAUAAUGUUUUUGAAAUUCAUACAUUGUUGUAGCAUGUAUUAGUAAUUGUUCCUUUUUAUUGCUGAAUAGUAUUCCCUUGUAUGUAUAUAACAAAAUUUGUCCAGUCUAUUGAUAGGCACCUGGGCUUUGUCACAGUUUUGGGUUUUUAUGCAUAAAGCUGCUAUAGAUAUUCUUUUUCAAGUCUUUGUGGACAUAAAUUUUUAUUUCUUAUUUCCACACAGGAGAGGAAUUGUUAGGUGAUAUGAUAGGUAUAUAUCUAUGUUUAGUUUUAUAAGAAAAUGCCAGACAUUUCUCCAAAGUGAUUGUACUGUUUUGUACUCCCACCAAUAAUAUAAAUGUUCUGUUGUUCCACAUCCUCACAAAUGUAUGGUGGGGUCAGUCUUUUUCAUUUUAGCCAUUCUGGUGGAUGUGUAAUGGUAUCUUGUGGUUUUAAUUUGCAUUUCCCUGAUGACUAAUGAUGUUAAGUGCUUUUCCAUAUGCUUAUGCAAUUUAUAUAUACAGUCGAUUCUCAUUAUUUGUGGUAGUUAUGUUCUAUAAAGUUGCUGCGAACACUGAAUUAGUGAAUACCAAAUCACUGUUCCUAGGGGAAAUAGAGGGUUAGGUUUCUGCAAGCCUUUGGUCACAUUUUCAUCAACUGAUCAGUAUACAAUCUUGUUUUAUGUGUGUUUCUGUUUAAAGACACCUUAUUUAAAAUAUAUAUAUAUUUUAGCCUUCUUGUGCUAAGGGAUGCAGCACUUCAGCUCUCUGCUUGGGGGCCAUUUUAAAUCACCAACACAAAACAAAAAAUAUAAAGACCUAAAUGUACCAUGAUAGACACUUGUUUAUAGUAAUGAGCUCACUGAAACAAGGCAGAGUGUCAUCUUGUUCAACUUCAGCUGGAAAUGUGUUUAGUGGCUCACAUUUUUGUCCACUGCAUAUGUCCAUGAAUGACCAUGCAAGUAUUAUGAGUAUGGAUUUGGAGGUUACAAAUAAACUUUAGUGAGUAGGCAAAUUCACAAAUGCGUAGUCUGUGAAUAAUGAGGAUUGACUAUUUCCUUUGUGAAGUGUUUGUACAAAUCUUUUGGCUGCUUUUAAAAUCCUGGGUUGUCUUUUUGUUGUUGAGUUACAGAAUUCUUAAUUCUGGAUAUUAGUCCUUUGUCAGAUACAUGUUUUGUGAGUAUUUCCCCCCCAACUUUAUGGCUUGCAUAUCUAUUUUCUUUAUGGAAUCUUCUGAUGAAUGCAAGCUUUUAAUUUUGAUAAGGUCUAAUUUAUAAUUUUCUUUGGGUUAUUACUUUCUGUAACCUAAGAAACCUGUGCCUGUCCCAAGUCAUGAAGAUAUUUUCCUGUUUUCCAUGAAAGGAUUUGUGGUGUUUAGUUUUACAUGUAGGUCUGUGAUCCAUCUCAAUAUUUGUGUAUGGUGUGUGAUAGGGGUCAGGGUUCUUUUUUUUUUUUCUCCCCAUAUGGAUAACUAGUAAUUUUAGCACCACUUGUUAAAAGACUCCUUUCCCUAUUUGCUUUGAAGCUUUUGUUGACAAUCUAAUGACUGUGUAAGUGUGAUUCUGUUUCUGAGCUCUGUUAUACUGAUUUGUCAAUCCUUGUGCCAGUACCAUAUUGUUAAGAUUAAAUGUAGUUUUAUAGUUAGUCUUGAAAUAAAGUAGUGUAAGUCCACUAA